UUGGCACAUUUUGCAAGAUUUGGGGUACAUAUAAAAGAUAAUCACAUUUUGAAACCACCAGUGGUGGAGUGUAUGGUCAAAGUAUAAGAUAUUGGAUCUUUUACUGUAUGUCAUACCAAGAUAUUCAUUAUAUUAAAUACAGGGUUAACAGUGUAUUUGUGAGCACAAUAUUUGAUUUGUUGUCUUAAGACUUCGGACAAUGUCUGCCAAUGGUUUUAUACCAUCCUGUGAUCUCAAGGAAAUUCCUCCCUUGGAAAAUUCUGCUGAAGGAUCUGUGAAAUCUGCUCUUAAAUGCACUGAUGAUGAAUAUCACAACGUGCCACUCGAUAACCCCAAAAGUCAACCAAAUGGAAAUUGUUCACCCUCCGUCAUGAAACGUAACACAGCAGAUGGGCCGCCUGUACUACUGGAGGUCAGAAAUGCCCGCAUCGCUCCAGCCCAGGAACUAUGGAGCAGUGCCAGAGACAAACCUGUCAAGUUGAGGAUGGAAGCGUCAGGACCGGGCUCAGAACAUCCAAUGACGGUCCAUCAGAUGUUUCUGGCCUCUGUGGAGAAAUACGGAGACAAACCUGCCCUCCGUUCAAAGAUUGAUGGGACGUGGGUCACCCUGACCUAUAAGGAAUACUAUCAACAUUGCAGAGAUGCUGCAAAAAGUUUUUUGAAGCUUGGUCUGCAGCGAUUCCACGGUGUCGGCAUUCUGGGCUUUAAUUCUCCCGAAUGGUUUAUAGCAGAUGUUGGAUGCAUCCUGGCAGGGGGACUCGCCACUGGAAUCUACACAACCAACACACCAGAAGCGUGUCAGUAUGUCGCUGAAAACUGCGAAGCUAAUGUUCUGGUGGUCGAAAACCACAAACAACUGAUCAAAAUCCUCCAGGUCAGAGAUCAGCUACCACAUUUGAAGGCUAUUGUUCAGUACAAGGGUGAACUGGAACAGAAGUUGAAUGAUGUAUAUACGUGGACUCAAUUCAUGGCGGUUGGUAACGACGUCCCUGAUGCACAACUGGAUGCAGUGAUUGACAGUCAGAUGUCGAAUGAGUGCUGUACAUUGAUCUACACAUCAGGGACCACCGGAAAUCCCAAAGGGGUCAUGCUCAGUCACGAUAAUCUCACAUGGACUGCCAAUGCAGCAGGUGUCAUGAGCAGACAGAGGAUGGGUGAGGAGGCAAUUGUGAGCUAUCUGCCUCUGAGUCACGUGGCAGCCCAAAUGAAUGACAUGUGGAUCUGCAUGAGAUUUGCUGGCACAACCAAUUUUGCUGACCCAGAUGCCCUUAAGGGCUCUUUAGCCAACACUUUGCGAGAGGUUCGUCCCACAAGUUUCUUGGGAGUUCCCAGAGUCUGGGAAAAAAUGCAAGAGGCGAUGAAAGCUGCCGGUGCAAAGUCAUCCAUAAUGAAGAAGAAGAUCGCUGACUGGGCCAAGGGUAUAGGACUUUCGGCAAGCUACUGUGACAUGAACGGUGACUCCGGUGUGCCGUGGGGCUUCACGAUGGCAAAUAACUUGGUUUUUAAAAACGUGCGGAAAGCUCUAGGUCUGGACCGAUGUCGGGGUUGUUUCACGGGUGCGGCUCCCAUCACCAAAGACACGCUGGAGUAUUUUAUGAGCCUGUACAUUCCCAUCUUCGAGCUUUAUGGUAUGAGUGAGAGCUCAGGACCUCACACCAUCUCCUGGAACGAGGACUUUCGCAUUAUGAGCUGUGGUAAGGUGUUGAUAGGCUGCAAAACCAAGCUAGACAAGCAAGACGCCGAUGGAAAUGGAGAGAUUUGUUUUUGGGGAAGGAAUGUGUUCAUGGGAUACCUGAACAUGUCGGAUAAAACCGAAGAGGCUCUCGAUGCAGAUGGGUGGCUGCACUCGGGAGACCUGGGCAAAGAAGACAACGAUGGCUUCUUGUACAUCACAGGCAGGAUAAAAGAGUUAAUCAUUACUGCCGGUGGAGAAAAUGUGCCACCAGUCCCCACUGAGGAUGCUAUAAAAGAGGAGGUGUCAAUCAUCAGCAAUGCCAUGUUAGUUGGAGACAAAAAGAAGUUCUUGUCCAUGCUUCUCACUCUGAAAUGUAACAUGGACGAGAAUGGAGACCCAACAGAUGAACUGACCCCGCUUGCUGUCGAGUUUUGCCGACAGCACGGUGUAAUCGCCAGCAAAGUCUCGGAGAUCAUUAACAAAAAAGAGCCAGCCAUUUACAAAGCAAUCCAGGAGGGCAUGGAGCGUGUGAAUGCCAAAGCCACAUCCAAUGCCCAGAGAGUACAGAAAUGGACUAUACUGCCACGGGACUUCUCAAUAUCUGGCGGAGAACUUGGUCCAACCAUGAAGCUAAAGAGGCCUGUGGUCACGAAAAUGUAUACAGAAGAAAUCAACAAAUUCUAUGGUGAAUAACAUCGAAAAUUUGUUGGAAAGCAAUGAAACUGUUAUGCUGCUUUAAAGCAACAGUGGAUGAGUUCUCAUUCUUCGCCUUUGCUCAGUAAUCUGUGUGGAUUUCGCUCACUCCAGGGCUUUUGACGGAUCAUACGAUCUAUAAAGCUCACUGUCCUUGUGCAUGCUAUCUGUAUAUGCUGUCGAAUGGACUGAAUCAUAGCAGAUUUGAUUUAAGCCACUCACUUUUUUCUAACCAUUUCUGUUAUUCAGUACAUAUCACUCGUAACAUAGAUGAGGUGAUCCAAAUGAUUUAUAAUUUGAACCGAUCAUUUGUUUUGUAUAUACGAUAUAGAAAUGAAACGAGACUGAAACUACUGUGCGCAUUACUGUUAAUUACUGUAAAAUAGUCACACUUUCUAAAAAGAAAUAGGCUGACUGACUGUACUGGGAUCUGUACAGGGUUAAUAAUGCUGCUUGCAACACUUCAAACUAGUGUGUAACUGUACAUAAGCAGAUAUGUAAUGAACGUUUUUCUUAUCUUUUAAGUUUCACCGAGCACAUUGGAUAUUUAUGAGUGACGCUUAUCAGCACAUGUUGAAAUAUAUAUAUAAAUGAAUAAUAUAUCCAUGAAUAAUAAAUGAUAUAUUUGGAUGCGUUUCUUUUCAA